AUGUCAUAUCAUAACUCCCUUCCUUGGGGCUCCAGCUAUUACGACUACAACAGUAGCGCUGCUGGUACUUGGCGUUCUGAGGAGCAAUAUUCUCAAUCGCCACAUGAGCAGUAUAAUCCAGCUUACCCGUCACUCAAUGGGACUACGAACUUUUUCUCAUCUUCUGCCCAGGACUACGAAGCGGCUCCAUACCACCCAACGAGCACAUCGACUUCUGCUCAGAAGUCCGGUCGAAUUCCAACACAACGUCACCGCCGCUACGAAAACCAUCGCCGUGGAAAGAAAACUUGGAACAAUAACAGGUUUCAUCUGGUGACUAUCAAUCCGAAUUCAAGCGAAAAGCCAACAGUCUCGAAAAUUGCGGAGCCUGCUCCGAUACCAGCUGACAAAGUGGCUCGCGGAAAUCCGAAAACGAUUCAAAGUCCAAGAGGAAUAGGAAAAAACAAAAAUAUGCCGAACUAUCGUCUACAGGGAAACGGCUGGGAAACGAAUGGUUAUCAAAACCACGGAGGAAGAGGAGGCGGUUUUAGAGGACGUGGCCGUGGCGGAUCACAUAGAGGAGGAAGGUUCCAUGGCCCACCAAAACCAUCUAACAACAAGGAUGACAUCAAAUACGUGCAUCUCCCAGACGAUUCGCCCGCAAUUACUCUCACAGUUUCAGCCGAGAACAUUCUUGCUUUUCACGGAUUCGACAGUGUUUUCACUACCCAACACAACUUCCCUGUUCUUAUCGACAACAAUAUUUACAAGAGCUGCGAUCAUUACUAUCAGAUUUGCAAGGUCAUCGAUUUGUCCGGAAUCUCCAGCGACAAAUUGAACAGCGAUGUUCGUGAUGAAAACGGAAAACCGAUUCUUGAGGCGCCAGUUGAGAAGGAGAAGAAAGCACACAGUGCAAUCGCUAAAGAAAUUCUAAAAACAGCUAAUGUUGAUAAGAGCAAAGUGGACGAGUGGAGAAACACAAAAGGGCUUGAAGCCGUUCAGAAAGCACUUCUCGCAAAAGCUUCGCAGUCCGCUCAUUUGAGAGAAGCUUUGAAAGAAAGUGGCGAUCAAAUUCUUGUUCACGCUUAUCCUCGGGACAGUAUUUACGGAACCGGCUGCGGCGUCCCGGCAAUCAAAAAAUGGCUCAGUGAUUUAGAAAAGAGCGCUAUCAAGACUAUCCGAAUUCCAGCGGAAUUUCCAUUGAACGAGACUACUAUUCAGCACUGUCCAGUUUUUGCUCAAGGACGCAAUGUGCUGGGAGUGAUUUUGAUGCAACUGAGAGAAAAGAUUCGGAAGGGAGAUAUUGAAGUGGUUGACAUGACAAAAAUUUACGAUGCUCUCCGCAGCACUAAUGCUUUCACAGAGCCAAUGGAUUCAACUCCGGUUAGUGGGUACAACUCUGAAAUCAACGCUGUUGGCACAUUUUGA